AAAUACGUCUGAUAUAUCCGUCGCACAGCAGCUAAAAAGAGUUAAAUUUUUGUUAAACUAUCAUUAAUUAAUAUAAUACGAAUACGCUGUGCACGAACCGAAAGCUAGAUAAUUGUCAAAUUCAAGAUGUUUAGACAUAAAAUCCUAUUCUGCACUGCAUUGCUCCUAUUGAGCAGCUCUGUCUUUUCGCAAUCGCAGUCUUUUAGCCUGAAGAAUGCUGAUCUCCCCGUGGCGAAUGAUAACGCAAAAGAAACAAUUGCACCCGAGACAACUAUCACGCCGAAAACUAAUACAACGUCCACAACUGUUGAACCGUUACCUACUACUAGUACAACAACAACAACCACAACUGCUGCACCGCCGUCUACUAGUACUUCGGCUCCGAACACAACGACCGCAGCUCCAGUGACGACCACCACCCCCAAACCACAGCCAGCCCCUCCAGCGGUGGGCACAUGGAACUGCUCAUGCAUUAUGCUCACCAUGGCUGCUCAAUUGAACUUUACCUACGAGACGAAGAGCGGCAACAAGACCCAAGGAUUGUACAACAUCCCCAGCCGUGCCUCAAUGGAUCACUGCUAUUGCGACAGCCAGACCACUCAGUCCAUGCAACUGCAUUGGGGUCCCGACGUCUCUCCACAAAUUUUGGUAUUGCAAUUGGAGAAGAAGAAUCAAACUGUUGCCCUCACUUUGCUCAAGGUGGACAUGACGGUGCCUUCUGACGAUUUCCCCGAUGCAAAGGAGAAUCAAACUAUUCAGUUGAUUCACGUGAGCCAGAACACGGACUUCAAGACGCCCGAGAAGAUGUCCUAUCACUGCACUCGCGCCCAGCAGUUCAACAUGUCGGAGACAAUUGACGGAAGUGGCGCCAUUGGCUACAUCAGUGUCAGCCAUGUGCAAGUUGAGGCAUUCCGCACAUCCAACACUACCGGUUUCUCGACGGUUCACGAUUGCGAUAGCUCCGAGACCUCCGACGUUGUGCCCAUUGCUGUGGGCAUUGCCCUAGCUGCAUUGAUAGUCGUCGUUCUAAUUUCGUAUCUGUGCGCGCGUCGUCGUUCCACCUCACGCGGCUACAUGAGCUUUUAAAUGAAUUAUGAAAGCAUUGAGAAGAGAAGUGAUGCGGAUAGAGAUUGAGAAGAUAUACAUAUAUAUAAAUAUGAGUACGAGUGUGCAAGGCAAAAAGGCAGUGGGGUAGCUAGUGCGUUUGAAUCAGAGAGAGUUGUAAGAUUGAUUUUGUAAUUGGCAGGCACUGUAAAAACUAAAAACUUUUCGACAUUUCUUGUGUAUUGCCUAUUUUGUAACGGUUCUUAAACCUCUUUCGUUUUGUUUUGCUUUCGUCUAAAUUUAUAACGCGCUUCAUAGAAAGAGAGUAGGAGAAAAGGAAAAGAAAUGACGAAAAUAUCAAAAACAUUAAUCUGUCUGUGUAUAUGUAUGUGGCUGACCUACACUUAUAUUUACUUUAAAUUCCCCAAUUUAUCUAUUAAAUGGAAUCUUUUUACCAUACACACACUUCACGACAACAAAUUAAUUAAUUCAUAUAUGCGUAUUUAAACAAUAGAACACCCAUGCAUACAUAGUACUCAAUUAAUCGCGUUAAUCUAAUGAGCGUGGCAUAGGUGAAAAUGAACGAGCGAAAAUUCUUAUAGAAACCGACGCUGAGGCAGGUAUUGGUAGUAAAGUAAAUGACAGUCAAAUUUUAAACAAAAAAAUAUAUAUUGAUGAUUUUAAAUUGUAAACCGGUUAUAAAUAAACAACAAAUUAUGUAUUAUUUGCCUUUGAUCCGUAAUAAAUCAUAAACCAAGA